AUUUUUUAUUCACGUACCCUAUUACAAUUGGCGUACCCCUGGGCGGACGUGUACUCCACUUUAGGAACCUAGGCUCUAUACUCUAACUUACACUAUUUUGACGAGAUUUGACCAGUUUGUAUUAUUACCUGUUCGUCCUGCAGGGAUACUACUGCCGCUUGGCGAUGCCUGUGGAACAGUGAAAGCAAAACGUAACAGCAGACAAAGUUCCGUCAGAAUCUCCCCAAAGGCUCCAAACCUUCCAGAGGUGGUGUCGUCAGACAAGACUCUUUGUAAUGAGUCUGGAAAGAAGAAUGGAAAUAUGCCAACAUCAGCAGUACCUCCCCCUAUACCUAUGUCCCCCAUUGUUGAGAAGAUGGAGGGGCUGAAGGCUAUCCGCAACCGCAGCAACAGCCUUCGUUUUGGCCGGCUGGCCUUCUACCGACACCUGGAGAAGGUGGGGACCAUGCGCUGCUUCUGGGAGCUUAAACACAUCGAGCUAGAGGGAGGCAAUCAACAGGGAAAGGAUGCCAAAGAUAAAGGCAAACUGAACUUGAAGAGCCUGAAAGCCCAGAUGAAGAAGUGGUCCCUGGAAACAUCAGACUCACUUCCUGCACCUGUGCUGCCAGAGCAGGGAUCAGCUAAGGAGAUUGGAGAAGAUGCUGAAGAGGGUCCUGAGGAAGAUGCAAAAUUUGAGGAACAUGAAAAUGAUGAUAAAGCAGAAGUGUCAUUCAUUACCGACAUUUCUGCAAAGACUGACACGUCGUCUGUCUUAAAACAAGAGAGCUCUGAAGAUGUUGGUGAUGUGGCAUCCUGCAGCAAACGUCGCGUCACAGAAGAAGACCUGGUAAAGGACGAUCUUAAAAAAAGUCGUGUGGAAGACAUUCAAGAAAAAAAGGCUGAUGAGCUGGUGUUGGGAGAAAACAAGCCACAACACAUUAACUCUGAUGCAGUGAAAACAGAGGUGGAAGAAGAGAGAAACGAGUCCGAUGUGAAGGAAUUCUUCAUAGACUCAAGUCCUCCACCAUCAGCACCGUUUGAACAUCGCAUAGUGACUCCCAAACCGCAUCAGAUAGCUGCCUACUACUCCAUCAACAGAGAAGAAGUCCUAGGAGGGGGGCGUUUUGGACAGGUCCACAAGUGUGUGGAGAACUCAUCUGGCCUGACGUUGGCAGCCAAGAUCAUCAGGGCAAAGAGCCAGAAGGAAAAGGAUGUGGUGAGGAAUGAGAUCCAGGUAAUGAACCAGCUAAACCACUCCAACCUCAUCCAGCUGUAUGCAGCCUUUGAGUCCCGCCAUGACAUCAUCCUGGUCAUGGAGUAUGUUGAAGGAGGAGAGUUGUUUGACCGCAUCAUUGAUGAGAACUACAACCUGACUGAGUUUGACACAGUGCUGUUUAUACACCAGAUCUGUGAGGGACUGCAAUACAUGCACAAGAUGUACAUACUACACCUCGACCUCAAGCCAGAGAACAUCCUAUGUGUCAGCAGAGCUACAAACAAGAUAAAAAUAAUAGAUUUUGGCCUGGCCAGGAGAUAUAAACCUAGAGAGAAGCUGAAGGUCAACUUUGGAACGCCUGAAUUUUUGGCACCGGAAGUCAUCAACUAUGAGUUUGUUUCCUUCCCCACAGACAUGUGGAGCCUUGGUGUCAUCACUUACAUGCUACUUAGUGGAUUGUCUCCUUUCCUAGGGGAUGAUGACAACGAGACUUUAAACAACAUUCUGGCUUGUCAGUGGAACUUCGAGGAGGAGGAGUUUACAGAUGUUUCUGAUGAGGCUAAAGACUUCAUCACUCGUCUGCUGGUAAAGAGCAAAAGCUGGAGGAUGAGUGCUGCAGAGUCCCUCAGACACCCGUGGCUCUCAGACCGGAGUUUGCACUAUAAUUUACAUUUGAAGAAAAAUAAGUGUCACUCCACGCGUGCGCCCUCUCCAGAGUGCUAGGCAG